UCUGUGUAAAAGUCAGUUUUCAAAAAAAAAAAAAAAUGGUUCAAAAAUUGUGCUAAAAACACUAAAUUUAACAUAAAAAUAUAUUGACGAUCGGAAAUCCAAUAUUCUAAUAAGCAAAAUAAUAAUCAUACUAACAUGUUUUUAAAAACAAACCUCUUUAAGGCGAUUAAGUUCAAGAAUCCUGUGAAAUUACCAUUGUCUUACUGGAUAUUAGUUUGCAUAAGAUUCAUGCUAACUUUAUUGCCGCAAAGUGGAUACAUACAUCCAGACGAAUUCUUUCAAAAUGUAGAAGUAAUUGCGGGCGAUAUUUUCACAAUCGACGUAGCCAGAACAUGGGAAUUCAACCCACAGUUUCCAAUACGAAAUAUCUUUAUACCAAAAAUUAUACUAGGACCCCCUCUUAAUUUUAUUCGGAUAAUUCAUCCAUUUAUGAAAUAUUAUUUCAAUAUUGAUUUACGAACGCCAUACUUCUUAAUCACAAUACCAAGAUUAUUUAUAUGCUUGUUGUCACUCAUAAAUGAUUACUGCUUGUACAAAAUAUGUGUACUGUACGGACAGAAUUUUAGGAAUCGGUUGAAGCUCUUUGCCAGUUCAUAUGUAGUUUUGGUGUAUUGCUGUCGUAGUUUCUCAAAUACUUUUGAGAUGAUGUUUUUUUCUGUACUUUUAUUAUUAGUUGCUGAGUGUAUGCAUAAGUCAGAUAAAGUUAUUUAUCACAAUGAGUUUUUAAAUGAGAAAUAUGAUCAAGCAACUACACCUGUUGAAAAGGUGAAGAUUUUCAAGUUGAUGACCCAUUUACCGAACCAUUCGUUAAAUUUUGUUGUAAUUCUAGCAUCUAUUGUUGUCUUGGGUAUCUUCAACCGUCCUACAUUCGUUGGUUUUGCAUUCCCUCCAAUAUUCUUUUGGUUACAUCGAGGUUUAGGCUCUAAAGUCGUCGGUUUUAAAGAUUUUCAUUACAGAAUUAUUACUCUAAUUAUUUCUGGUAUACCAAUUUUCUUGCUUCUUAUUUUAAUUGACUCUAGUUACUAUGGUUAUUUGACAAUGGCAGAUAUUGAUAUGUUAAAGAUAUCUUGGGAUAAUUGGGUAGUUACUCCGCUAAACUUUCUGAGAUAUAAUUCAGACAUGAAGAAUCUCAACGCACAUGGACUGCACCCUCGUUGGCUGCAUGUAGCUGUCAACAUACCACUGUUGUUUAAUGUUCUGGGAUUCACAGCUUUUAUUAUGCUGUUCAUUCAAACUUAUAGAUUUGCAAGAGGCAAGUACAGCAAACUACCAAAAAUCCAGAGCAUCACAGGUCUGAUGUUAUUUUCACUGAUCAUUCCAGUAGCCAUACUUUCACUGUUCCCACAUCAAGAGGCUCGCUUCAUCCUACCAGUACUGACACCACUUGUGUAUCUGUAUGGAAAUCACCUGUACCCCAACGACAGUGAUGGACCUAACUUCAGACGUUUAAAGAAAAUGCUGCUGUAUUUAUGGUAUGCCAUAAAUGUAACAUUAACCAUAUUUUUUGGGUUCAUACACCAAGGUGGCUUAUAUCCUUUCACAAGAAGCCUGCACACAGAAAUCAAAAAUAAUUAUGGAUAUCACUUCCACAUAAUCACAACACAUAGUUACAGUAUACCAACAUAUUUACUGCAAUUAGAGAGUACAACUAACAUUUAUAAAGAUAAAAAAACUGGUCAUAGCUACAGAUUAGCACCGACUACCUUCAUAAAUAAAUAUGGGUCAAUGCCUAUGAGGGAAUUGUUUCUAACAGUAAAUGAUGUGUUAUCUAACGCUGAAAUGUUGUUACAUAAACGUAAAAGAAAGUACAGGAUUUAUAUUGCAUCACCAUGCUCUCUAGAACGUAAGAUAAGACAUGAAGCUAAUAAAUAUCAUUAUAUGCUAGUGACUGAAGAGUUUAUGUACUAUCCACAUUUUUGUUCUGAAGCUUUUCCAGAAUUUCCUAAAGAACACGAUCAGUUCUGUCUUGGUCAUAAUUCUACACAAACCAAUCAAUCUGAAGCUGUAGAUCUGACAAUGCUCCAAAGAAUCUCAUGUUUUCUAAGAAGGUUUUGUCUUAGAGUUUAUCGUGUAAGUCCAACUAAUUAUUCAUGAUUAAGUUUAUUUGAUUUUUAAUUUUUUAUAUUUAGUGAUUUAAUUAAGAUUCCACUUUAAAUGAAAAAAGAUAUAAGUACACAAAUCAUAAGCAGUUUGUAAUGCCAAAGACUAUAAGAUCUAAAGGAGUAGCUCAUUUCUCCCUAAAACAGAUGAGUUUGACAUUUCUGUACAUUCCCGGAAAAUUUCCAGUGUUCAUAUUGACAAACUGAAAACUGCCCUCCUGUAUUCCUAGAUGGAAUUGAGCUUCCACAUAAAGAGAGUGUCAAAUACCUGGGAUUGCACCUUGAUAGGCGUUUGACCUGGCACCACCAUAUCAAAACAAAGAGACAAGAGGUUAACAUAAGAUAUAAGAACAUAUUUUAGAAUUUAAACUAUCGUGAGUGUUAUUCAUAUUAAUUGAUUAUGAAACACGGCUAAAACUCACGUGAUAUUACGUCGG